AAUUUUGUCGCCAACAAGGAAACCAAGUGUUUCAUUGGGGAAAAAAAAAAUCAUCUCCCAACUCUUGCAUGAGCAUAACUAAUUGGUUUAUUUCACCUGAUAUAAAAACUUGUAAUUUCAAUAUCGCUCCACCAUUUGCUUUGAACAUUCUUUUUCAAACGGAAAAAGGGGGAGGGUGUCUGAUAAUGCAACUUUCAACAUAUAAAGUUGGAGACCUAUUCAUCUUAAAUUUAUUUACUUAUAUAUUCAGAGAAAAACAUUCUAAUGAGAAGAGCUUCACAUGACUAUUUCAUAGUCAAAUUUCAUCAUGUUUAUACUAAAUGUACUACCGUCAUUAUACAUUCAACGUUUUGCAGGAUUUCCUCGUCUUCACCGUCCUUGCAGUUUGUCUGUAGUCAAAAAUAGUUAAAACUGCAUCUGGUCGAAGAUUUAAUUUCAUAAACCCAAUCCGGGCAUUAGUUUUUACCAAAGUAGAAUGUAUACGAUAACGAAACUGAUCCUCAUCAACCCCCGUAAUGACAUAAAAUGAUUGUCAAACAACUUUGAGUUCUGUGUUCUCGGUGUAUUUCACAGCCAAGUCUUUCUGAACGUUGGAUCAUUUAGACAAAAGUAUAUACAAUUGUAGAAAUACCUGACUUGCUACAUUACAGUUGAAUGUAAGCACAUUGAACAUUUUGACAGCUAAAACCCGCAGUUGUUAGUAUAAACAAAUGAUACACACUUUGCUUCAGGCUGGUCUCGUUUGACGUCAUCAAGCAAGGGAGAUAAGUCAGCUUACUAUUUUGAUACUUUACACAACAGCAACAUUUAACGGUCUGUAGCAUCUGUUACCUUGCGAUUUUUUCUGAAUAACUUAUUUACAUAUGUUAAGUAAUUAAAGAAGAAUACAUUUUCGUGCAAUACAAAUUUUUUUUGAAAAUCGUCUCCUAUGACCUUUAAUUGACAUCAAACUUGGUACAUUUGUACAUCCUAAGAAGUAGAUGACCCCUAUUAAUUUUGAGGUCACAACAGGCAACGAAAUUAAGGGGAAAUACUUGCUAAAUGUUGUUAAAAAUUGAAAUUACAAGUGAAAAAUCACAAGUGAUAGCAACUUUUUGCGAGUGAAAAAGAAAAAGAUCUUUUGUCUGGAUUUCCUCGGUUUAUUGGCUAUACUUUGAAGUUUACAACAAUUUUGUCUUGUGCAUAGAAACGCUUUACAGAAUGAAUAUACAAGUAUUGGAAAAAGUAAACGUGGAUCGAAUAAAUAACUAAGGCCAAGGUCAUCUCAGUCAGUGAUGUCAAAGAUGGCCUACUUCAAGCACACUUCGGACAUCUCGGAUAGCAAGCAUGUUGAUUUCGUCCGUGUUUACAUGAAACAACACAUGAAAACUACACUGUUAGUGUCACCGUUUGCGGGUUUUUUUUUUCAACUAGAAUUUUUAGAUGAAAUUUCCAAAAGUUUUGAAGAUAUAGUUUGAAUUGGCGGGAACAGUCUUCAAGAUUUCACCACAUGAUGUUGUAAAUAGGUGGUAGAUCUCUGGACAGCGAGUACACCACACAAGUGUACUCUAUGACACUCACCAUGCACCGUUACACCAUGAGUAAACAUGUGGACAGGAACUUUAAUACCCGUAGUUGUCGUUGCUGGUGUUGCCAUUACAGUAAUGUUAGGUGGAUUAUUUUUUGUUGAUCCUGACCCAGAUGAAAAAGUCCUGAAACAAAUUGACAUUCAGGAUAUGAAAGAAGUGAUACAAAAAGAGAUUCAGGAAAUGAUACAUAAAGAGAUUCAGGACAUAAAGAAAAAUCAGAGUGAUGAACAGAAGGGUGGACAGACGAGUCAGGUUGAACAGUACAAAAAGGGGGAGUUGGAGGUGACUCCUGAAAUGUUGAGCAGCAUCAUCAGCACUGCAGUAGAGAAGACGAUGAAACAACAAAACGAUCGGAUACAAGAGAAGUUAGAUAUACUGAAUGAUCUAGAGGAAAAAUUAAUAGAGAGACUGGACGAACACAACAGGAAGGAGGAAACUCCAAAAUUAGGAUAUCAGCCAUCCCCUGAAAAUGACAUCGGAGAAAAACUGCACAAAAUUGAAAAGUUGUUACUGGAAAGAAAAUCGAAUAAUUUUAAUUAUAGUUAUUAUGUUGACAUAGCUAUGACGAACAUUUCCUCUGCCAUAUCAACAAUCAAGAAUCUCUCAGAUGAAGUGUAUGUUCUUAUUUCUUCAAAAUCGGCACCACUAUUAAAUGCUGUGUCUUUCGGAUAUUUCCAAGAUCAUCCUAUCAUCCUAUCAGUCAUCGCCUUUGUCCUGUCAUUAGUCUUGGAUAUUUUAGUUGUGUACUGCCUAUGUCGAGUGUGUUCAAGGUUCCGCAGAAGAAAAAAGAUUACGAAACCGGAGGCCAUCAAAAUUGGCGGAAAAGAAUUAAAACAUGUGUUCACUUCAAAACCACCCUCCUUCUCAUCUGACUCAAGUUUAAAGAGGUCUUUCCAAAAAUUAGAAAAUUCCAUCUGUGCACUGAGUUUCUCCCGAGACGUUGUGGAAAAAUACCAUUUACCUUUAGUGAAAUCGUUGUCAGAAGUUCUUUCUGAUUGGAAGCUCCAGACCAAGCGAGUGUUGAUACUGAAACCAGACGACCUCAACGUCAUCCCUCCCUCCAAGAUAUUUGUGGUAUUUGUUGACUUCAAUGAAAAGAAUGAGAUCCUAGAAUCCGAUGUCACCAGAAAGGGCAAUCUUUUAAUCAAAAGAGAAACAGUUCGUAGUUUGAUGGAUAGUUUUGCUCUAGUGAUCCUUGUCUACUGCCUGGAAGCCUCAUCGGAGAAGCUGGCCUUUGGAGAUCGCUACGCUCAUAAGCUGCACAAUAAAGUGACAUCAGUGGAUGAGCUGCGGAUGUUGAGUGACAAGCAUUGUAUGUACAGUGUGUAUAAAAAAUUUAAUGAAUUCCAAUUAGGUUCUCUGAAACAGACAAUGCAGGAAUAUUUACAAGAAAUUAAAGAAAUUGUAAGUUGAUAAAUAUUUUACAUCACAUGAAAGUGCUCUGCAUGCAGAGCUUCAAGGCAGCACUGUAUAAAUGUAUUGAAAAGAUUUUAAUUUUUUCUCCAGUGUUUUGAUUUUUUUUAUAGUAUGCAAAUCAAAACACUGUUACUACUGUGACUUUUUCGCAAAUGUUUCUUCUCUUUCCCUCAAAUUUUGAUCUUUUAUACGAAUUUUAUAGAUUUUAUAGAUUUUCAAUUUAUACCCAAAACUGUGUUGAUAAUCUUGAUAACCAGUGUUCCUAUACAUACAGAUUGAUAUGGAUUCGCCAUGGUGUUCUUUUUCCCCGGUAAGUUUUUGAGGGCUUUCAUAAAGUUUGGCAGCUGGUGUUUUGUUCGGUUCAAUUCUCAAAAUCACCACCCGUUCAAAGCUGAAAUUUCUCCGAAAAUGAUGCAAUAUUUGUAUUUUUGAUUGUCAGACUUGUUUUUGAUUUUUGUGUGUGUUUAGCCAUCUUAAUAUGUAAAGCUUUUCAUUUGCUGUGAGGAAGGAACAGGUUAUCCCAAAAAUUUGACAAUCUUAUUGUUCGUGUUGUUGGUUAUUUUAGUGUGUGUUGUAAAUUUACAACUAGAAGUGUAAACAGCAGAUACCCUGCAGUAUUUAUCUGGUGGUUGACUGGUUACUGGGGAGACAUCAUCUGAAUCAACAUCAAAAUUCAAAUAAGAUUCGAAAAAAAAUAAUCUCUAUGUUCGUUCAUCCAAACCUUUAACACUGAUGCAAGUUUGUGUCAAGGUGACCUUGAUUGACAGUUUUAACUGAGGCCCAAAUUCACAUCUAGACUUUACCAUCAAUACUACACUGUGACAUUGAUGAUGAGACAGAAAAUUCCUUUUGUUAUAACCAGUACCUCCUUACUAUCGACUUUCUAACAUCUAGUUUUGAGUAGACUUGUGAAGUGAGGUUACUUUUUGUUCGUAUGUAAGACUUUAAGGGUGUAGUAGGGAAGUAUUAGAUUUUUGAUUUAUACCCCAAAAUGUGUUCAUAACCUUAUUAAACAGUGUUACUGUGGUAAGAAAUAAAAUUCAUUUUCGAAAAUACAUGGGAGAUGAACUGUGAUGCUGUACACCAGAGGUAAAAGAGAAAACUGUGCUGGUGUAAAGCAUUGCUGUUCAUACCCUCAUGUAUUUUCAAAAUGAAAUUCAUUUUUUAUAUUUACAUUUUACUUUCAUUUGUGUUGGAAUAUUCCUUGCCGUUAAAUUAGUCGGACUGUAUUUUUCAAGAUUCAUAUGUAUACACACAUUGUUCACAUUCAUGAGAAGAUGGCUAUCAUUUCAUGGGGAGGGGGGGGGGGGAUGGAAAUGGAAAUAUAUCGGUAUUUGAAUAUUUAUGUAUGCUUGAUUAACAUGGUUUGUGAAUGUUUUGAAAUGUGGUACAAUUUUAAACUUUUCAUUGCACUGAGCUAAAAAUUCUACAGGCAGAUUUUAUUGUAUAUAAAUAUUCAUUACAUGAUCUGCUAUUAUUUUUUUGUUGGUUUUUUUUUAUUUAAUGAAACUUAAUAUCCAUGUGCAAUAAAAGUAGAAUUUGUUUUUUAAAGUAUGUACAAAUGUAUCACUGCCAUCCUUAUGUUCAUUUGAUAUUUUUUUAUUUAAUGAAAUUAGAUAUGUGCAAUUGAAGUAAAAGGUAAACUUGUACACUGUAUAAAUAUAUCUGCUUCUCUGAAUGUGUGACUGCUUUUGUUUUGAAAAUUUUGAUUUUGUAGUUGUGAAUAGGUUUGAUCACAUUUUUUUAUCUUUCAAUACACACUGUAUAUAGAGCAGGUGUUCAUGUUUAUGGCUAUUUAUGUAGUAAACAAAGCAUUUUAUAUAUUUAACAAAGUACGGUUUGAAGGUUGGUUUCAUUUUUAAAACAUUUAAAGAGAAUAUGACAUUAAGUGCCUCUUUGUGAUCCUAUACUUACCCAGUGGUAUAAAACCAUUGCUGGCUACAAAUUCAGGAUUUACAUGUACAACACUGACACCCCCACCCCACCCUACUAUGGAAUCAAAUACUGCUGUUCAAAAUAUGGAUUUCAUUUUGAUAUUUGAUUUAAUUUAUUUCAUUCUCACCUUUACAACUUGCUUAAGUAUUGUAUUCAAAGAAAAUAUUUUUUCCUAUAUGAAUUUAUGAUUUUUAUUUUUAUUUUUUAGAUUCGAUUCAAAAUUGCUUAAAUUUACAGUCAGUGUAUUAAGAUUAUGCAUUUAGAAGACAAAAAUAUUGAAGUGAAUGAUAAAGGAUAUAGUUCUUGUCAUGCCCAGGGGUAUAAUUGUAGGAAUUACAAUGUGCAACCCACCAUUUGUCCUUUAACAUUUGUCUGGGUCAUGGAUAUGUAAUUGACAGAUACUAGAAACUCGUGCAUGGUACAAAGCAUGCACAUGCUGUGUCACGAUCUGAACCAAGGUCCUGCAUAUAAGAAUUGCAAGGUCUGUAUCCACUCUCUGUAUUGUAAUAAACAGACACUAUAGUACAGGAUACAUACACAUGAACCAAUGUCAUGAUGUGAGGGAGAAUGAUAAGAUCUGCCAGAUUUUGAAUAUAAAGUGAGGCGGGGUUAUUGGUCUUGUUAAGACAGAUCUAGUGCAUUUUAUUUCGGUAGUACUUUUUGAGAACUGUUUCGUAUAUUUUGUUGAUUUUCUAAUAAUGUUAGUUUAAACAAUAUUUUAUUCAAUGAAUUAGGCAACAGGCGUAGACCAUAAAUACCCUCUCCUUACAAAGUCCAGGCAAUAGUAUAGAUAUUAUGUGUAAUUGAUUACUUUAUAAGGUUAGAUAUAUUAAUGCAUUUAUGAGUCAAAUUAUAAAGAAAGGAAAAGAAUGAAGUAAAUUAGAAUAUUUAUUACAGAUUGGCAAGAGAGAGAACUAUCUCAUUGAUUGAUUCAGCAAAAAAUGAGUGUAUACAAAAAUACAAGUCGGUUGAUGAAAAUAGAUAAAAACAAUAUUUGUCAAAUGAUUCAAAAUCUAUACAAUUGUAAAUAUAAUAUUCAAAAGCGUGUCGUUAAACUUGAUAUAUAUAGAUGUACAAGAUAAUUUGAUUUUUCAUGUUACCACAAGGGGUUUCCCUUUAAUUAUAUAUUCAAGUUGAACGGUACAUUUACUUUAGCUUAGCAAGGUUUCUUAUUAGUUGAGAUCUCUGGAGGAAGAACUGAGAGCAUAUCAUAUGGUAGUGUUCAUUAUCUUCCUAUCUUAUAAUAGUGUUUCAUGAGCUGGCUGAUGGAAUCGAGGGGAAGUAAUUAACUUUAACAUUCUGGAUUAAUUAUCAGCGCUUCACAUGCCAAUCAGCAGUAGAAUUGACAGUCCUGCAUUCCUUUAUUGUACACUUGUGAGUUUGUCAUUGCAAUACUACCACCCCCCACCACCCACCAUCACCCCCAAGGCACUCUGUUGCAACCGUCCUUUGUUAAAUGUUUUAAUCAAUAAUGUAUUCAAAAUUAUAGUGGCAGCAAGAUAUGUUUAUGCUUUUCAUGUUAGAUGAUUAACAAGAAAUGUUUAGUUGGUUUUUUUUAUAUUAAACAAUCAUCAAUAAAUGC